AUGGAUGCUCACGCUGACCCUAUGAUGCUGGCAGGCAGCUCAUUGAAGACAUGUUUUACAGUAGACUACCGGUAUGUAGACUAAACUGACAUGCAUACAUUUAAAAAUCUUGAUUUCCAUUACUCACUGGUUUUAAAGAGGUCAUUUAGGGAUCAAUUGCAUACAUUAGGCCUGUUUAUUAUGCGCACUGAUAAUGCGCGGCAGGUUUUACAUUUAAGUCAUUUAGCAGACGCUCUUAUCCAGAGCGAUUUACAAAUUGGUGCAUUCAACUUAUUCCAGGUAUUCCUUAAAGAGGUAGGGUUUCAAGUGUCUCCGGAAGGUGGUCAGUGACUCCGCUGUCCUGGCGUCGUGGGGGAGCUUGUUCCACCAUUGGGGUUCCAGAGCAGCGAAUAGCUUUGACUGGGCUGAUACAACAUCAAAGGUUUUAUUGCUUACGCACACCAUCAGCAGCACGCCUUGCAAAUGUCAAGGCGUUGCAGAAAGAGGAAGAUCAAGUGAGCUACACCACACACACAAACAGCCAAGUGGUAAGUAAAACAGCUUCUCUUUUUUGGUAACGCAAAUUGGGAGAAUCUCCAGCCCUACUUUUGGUACUGCUUCUGCAAAGUGAUGAUGUUUCUGCGUGUUGGACAUAUAAAGUGAUGUACUUCAACUAACAAGUUCCCACAAGUGCCUCACGGAGAGGUUGCAGUCGCCACGGGUUUCCAAGGAAGAGAGUUGCGGGCAAAGGGGCAUCAUGAAGGACCAAAGCUGUACUGAUGCAAUUACAAAAAUCUUCCAAGAGGCUCCGUCGGCGAGACAAGCCCUGUUGGACAACUACAACAACCUGAUGAAUGUGGCCGAAUACUGUGAGAGCAACUACCUGCAGGUGAGAUGAAAAUGUAGUGCAGACAUGGCAUAGCUAAGGUAUAACUCCGGCAGUGUCCAUUAUGGACACUGCCUGAGUUAUACGGUAGCUAGUAGACAUGGCAUAGCCUAUCAAUUACUUGUACAGUUCAACAAAUAGCCCACAGUACCGUUACCUUCACAGCAACGAGAGUAGGCUAUUCAAAUCAAGGCCCUACAUCAUGCAUCGAUCCAGCUAAAUAGUGAAAGAGAAUUGUUUCUCUCUCACCUCAUUCAAUAACACAACUGUUUUCACAAAGCAUAUCCCAUACGGGAAAAAAUAAAUUUCAACAUACACUAUAUAUACAAAGGUAUGUGGACAUCCCUUCAAAUUAGUGGGUUCCGCUAUUUCAGCCACACCCGUUGCUGACAGGUGUAUCAAAUCGAGCACACAGCCAUGCAAUCUCCAUAGACAAACAUUGGCAGUAGAAUGGCAUUACUGAAGAGCUCAGUGACUUUCAACGUGUCACUGUCAUAGGUGGCCACCUUUCCAACAAGUCAGUUCGUAAAAUAUCUGCCCUGCUAGAGCUGCCCCGGUCAACUGUAAGUGAUGUUAUUGUGAAGUGGAAACGUCUAGGAGCAACAGCGGCUCAGCCGCGAAGUGGUAGGCCACACAAGCUCACAGAACGGGACUGCCGAGUGCUGAAGCCCGUAGCGCGUGUAAAAAUCGUCUGUCCUCUGUUGCAUCACUCACUACCAAGUUCCAAACUGCCUCUGGAAGCAAAGUCAGCACAAGAACUGUUCGUCGGGAGCUUCAUGAAAUGGGUUUCCAUGGUCAAGCAGCCGCACACAAGCCUAAGAUCACCAUGUGCAAUGCAAAGCGUCGGCUGGAGUGGUGUAAAGCUCGCCGCCAUUGGACUCUGGAGCAGUGGAAACGUGUUCUCUGGAGUGAUGCAUCACACUUCACCAUCUGGCAUAAUCUGGGUUUGGCAGAUGCCAGGAGAACGCUACCUCCCCAAAUGCAUAAUGCCAACUAUAAAGUUUGGUGCAGGAGGAAUAAUCGUCUGGGGGUGUUUUUCAUGGUUCAGGUUAGGCCCCUUAGUUCCAGCGAAGUGAAAUCUUAACGCUGCAGCAUACAAUGACAUUCUAGACGAUUCUGUGCUUCCAACUUUGUGGCAACAGUUUGGGGAAGGCCCUUCCCUGUUUCAGCAUGUGCACAAAGCGAGGUCCAUACAGAAAUUGUUUGUCGAGAUUUGUGUGGAAGAACUUGACUUGCCUGCACAAAGCCCUGACCUCAACCCUAUCAAACACCUUUGGGAUGAAUUGGAAUGCGACUGUGAGCCAGGCCUAAUCGCCCAACAUCAGUGCCCAACCUCACUAAUUCUCUUGUGGCAAGUCCCCGCAGCAAUGUUCCAACAUCUAGUGGAAAGCCUUCCCAGAAGAGUGGAGGCUGUUAUAGCAGCAAAGGGGGGACCAACUCCAUAUUAAUGGCAUUGAUUUUGGAAUGAGAUGUUUGACAAGCAGGUGUCCACAUAUUUUUGUUAAUGUAGUGUAUUUAAUGUUAUGUAAAAUGUAUUUAAAAUAUAAGUUGAUAAAUUGCCAUGUUUGCUAAAAUGCAUGUAAUGCCUUAAAAUGUAUUCCAGAGAUGCAUGUACAGUUGAAGUCAGAAGUUUACAUACACCUUAGCCAAAUACAUUUAAACUCAGUUUUUCACCAUUCCUGACAUUUAAUCCUAGUAAAAAUUAUCUGUCUUAGGUCAGUUAGGAUCACCACUUUAUUUUAAGAAUGUGAAAUGUCAGAAUUUAUUUAUUUAAUCACAUUCCCAGUGGGUUCAUUCUUAAUUAGUAUUUGGUAGCAUUGCCUUUCAAUUGUUUAACUUGGGUCAAACGUUUCGGGUAGCCUUCCACAAUCUUCCCACAAUAAGUUGGGUGAAUCUUGGCCCAUUCCUCCUGACAGAACUGGUGUAACUGAGUCAGGUUUGUAGGCCUCCUUGCUCGCACAUGCUUUUUCAGUUCUACCCACACAUUUUCUAUAGGAUUGAGGUCAGGGCUUUGUGAUGGCCACUCCAAUACCUUGACUUUGUUGUCCUUAAGCCAUUUUGCCACAACUUUGGAAGUAUGCUUGGGGUCAUUGUCCAUUUGGAAGACCCAUUUGCGACCAAGCUUUAACUUCCUGACUGAUGUCUUGAGAUGUUGCUUCAAUAUAUCCACAUAAUUUUCCUUCCUCAUGAUGCCAUCUAUUUUGUGAAGUGCACCAGUCCCUCCUGCAGCAAAGCACCCCCACAACAUGAUGCUGCCACCCUCGUGCUUCACGGUUGGGAUGGUGUUCUUCGGCUUGCAAGCAGCCCCCUUUUUCCUCCAAACAUAACGAUGGUCAUUAUGGGCAAACAGUUAUAUUUUUGUUUCAUCAGACCAGAGGACAAAAAGCACGAUCUUUGUCCCCAUGUGUAGUUGCAAACCGUAGUCUGGCUUUUUUAUGGCGGUUUUGGAGCAGUGGCUUCUUCCUUGCUGAGUGGCCUUUCAGGUUAUGUCGAUAUAGGACUCAUUUUACUGUGGAUAUAGAUACUUUUGUACCUGUGUCCUCCAGCAUCUUCACAAGGUCCUUUGCUGUUGUUCUGGGAUUUAUUUGCACUUUUUGCACCAAAGUACGUUCGUCUCUAGGAGACAGAACGCGUCUCCUUCCUGAGCGGUAUGAUGGCUGCGUGGUCCCAUGGUGUUUAUACUUUGUACUAUUGUUUGUACAGAUGAACGUGGUACUUUUUUUUCUGAGGUCUUGGCUGAUUUCUUUUGAUUUUCCCAUGAUGUCAAGCAAAGAGGCACUGAGUUUGAAAGUAGGCCUUGAAAUACAUCCACAGGUACACCUCCAAUUGAUUCAAAUGAUGUCAAUUAGCCUAUCAGAAGCUUCUAAAGCCAUGACAUCAUUUUCUGGAAUUUUCCAAGCUGUUUAAAGGCACAGUCAACUUAGUGUAUGUAAACUUCGGACCCACUGGAAUUGUGAUACAGUGAAUUAUAAGUGAAAUAAUCUGUCUGUAAACAAUUGUUUGAAAAAUUACUUGUGUCAUGCACAAAGUAGAUGUCCUAACCAACUUGCCAAAACUAUAGUUUGUUAACAAGACAUUUGUGGAGUGGUUGAAAAAUGAGUUUUAAUGACUCCAACCUAAGUGUAUGUAAACUUCCGACUUCAACUGUAUAUGCUCCUAAAAACCAAUGAGGAGAUGGCAGAGGCAGGACUUGGACCGUGCCAAGCGUAAAAAAUAGAACCAAGUUCUAUUUUAGCGCCUGAUUACGCAGACGCUCGUUGACACGCACGAGCAGUUUGGAUGAAAUGAUUGAAUAACAUGUAUGUGUACAUUUAUUUUGCAACGCUCAAAUAUGCAACGUGGGCAGUAUGGUCAGCAUGUAACGGUGGCCCAUCCCCCCCAAAAUAUAUAUCUUAAAGCCACGCCCCUACUAAGCCAUGCCUCCAGUCCAGGGUUCCUCCACAAACCCGUUGCUACAUUGAACCAUUCAAGGUUCCUAAAAGAACCCCUCAACUAACCGAAGGUGCAAAUAUGAACCAUUGACUAGCAAUGGUUCCUUGAGGAACUCCAGGGGUUCCUUGAGGAUCUCCAGGGUUCCUUGAAUCACCACUAAUUCUAAGAGUGUAGUCUACAGGGUGCUCAAAGUGGUUCCUAAUUUGGCCUAUUAAAUUACUCUUUACAUAUUAAUCAAUGGAGCAAAUGCUUUGGGCCACCAAGCCAAAACUUUGGCAGUGAUAUCAUUUAAAUUGUAAUGUUGAGUAAAAACAAUAUGUUUGAUUUCACCUAAUUUUAACAUUAUGUCAUAAAGAGCACAUGUUCAACUUUGUGAGAAAAAAAAUUCCCAUCUGAAGAGGUAAAAAAAAUGACUUUAGUAAGUGCCUCUCUUCAGCGUAGUUAAAUAAUGAAAAAUAAAUUGAGUGCCUGAUUUAAAUGAAAACUGUACAACGCUCCACAAUAUGUCAAAGUGUAGGUGUAUGUCUUGUGCUUCCAAUGAGUGUUUAUACUAUUACUAUACUACUAUACACCUCUACAGUGGGGUUUUAGCAGUGUGAUGCUGCUUACGUAACCAAGUGGGAAAUGGGAAUUGGGAAAAAAGGAAAAAUCCACUUGAAAGCCCCUCCAACUGCUAAUUACUAGUUAAAUCAGCCAUGAAUCCCCUUGUGAUAGGGGAAUGGAAGCUUGUUGUGUGCAACAGGGAGGGACAAUUGAAUGCAAGAUUCACAACAAACUUUAAAACAUUUCUAGCCUGUCUAUCUUUGGGUAACAGGGUUGACGUGUUAUUCUCGACACGCUCAGUUUUUCACCACAAAACACCAGAAAAUGUCCAAAAAGAGUAGAACCAGUUCACCUGCUUUUACACUAUGAUUUGAUUAUUAGAUGUUCAAUGUUUCUUUUGAAAUAAAUAUUUCAAAAGUAAUAGUUUCACCAUAUUAAAACGAGAGUUCAGUUCACGUAACAUGGUUGACAUUAAAAUGAGGGACAGACGUAAAUUAAUCACAAAUCACAUGAAAUAAAUAAUCAUCUUCAGAAAUAACUUUGUCAAAGCAACACAAUAACUAGGGCUUUACAAUGAUGGUGAAAGCUUGGGAGUAUUUUUUGAGAUUAGUCGGUUAAAAUCUUCCUAGAAGUCACAGAGGGUGGAUGGAGGGACAUGUCAAAAUGCUGAAUUUUGGCACUUUAGCAAGUCUUUAUUCAUACUGAAAUUCCCAUUGACUGAAUUCUCCAUGUGGUCUAUAUUAAAGGGCACUUCAUUUCAUAUAACUGGCUUUUAAAAUUAAAUAUGUGCAUCAUUUCUACUGGAACAACCCAGUACACGUUAUGUUCUGCCUUUUGGAUGUUGGUUGCAACACUCUCGUCAAGUUCCUUUGUUUAUUUGUCAUAUGCACAUGAGAGACAUACAGUCACUACAUGACCGAUAAUGUAUCAUGAUUGUAGUCAUUUAAAUACAUGUUAGUGCUUUUGGUAUGUGUCAAGUACAAUAAAAAUGCAUUUUGACAAAAUAUAUUGUAGUGUCUGCAACCUAUUGGAAACUUUGGAGGUGUUGCUUGUUGGGGGCGUGGCUUUGGCCUCCUAUGAGACUGAUUUUUAGGCCAGUUAAUAUGUUAUGUUGUGUUCAAUGAUUAAAGGUGAAGUUUGUACAUUGCCAGUAUAUAACGUUUUAUUGUUAAGACAGUUGCCAUUUUGUUACAAUAUGAUUUGGUGGAUUUCUUAAAUAUUUGCCAUACAUAAAAAAUAUAUAUAUAUAUUUCUUACAAAUACAUUUAAAUGCGUGUUGGAAUAUAUUUUACAAAGCAUUUCCAAAUUCAUUUCCAAAUAUAUUUACCAAAUAUAUCGAUAAAUACAUGUGACAAUUGUUUGAUGCAUUUAACAUAUACUGAACAAAAAUAUAAACACAAUGCAACAAUUGCCACAGAUGUCUCAAGUUUUGAGGGAGCAUUCAAUUGGCAUGCUGACUGCAGGAAUCUCUACCAGAGCUGUUGCCAGGAAUUGAAUGUUUAUUUCUCUACCAUAAGCCUCUUCCAACGUCGUUUUAGAGAAUUUGGCAGUAUGUCCAACGGCCUCACAACCGCAGACCACGUGUAUGGCGUCGUGUGGGGGAGCAGUUUGCUGAUGUCAAUGUUGUGAACAGAGUGCCCCAUGGUGGCGGUGGGGUUAUGGUAUGGGCAGGCAUAAGCUACGGACAGCGAACACAAUAGCAUUUUAUCGAUGGCAAUUUGAAUGAUCAUGAGGCCCAAUGUCGUGCCAUUCAUCUGCUGCCAUCACCUCAUGUUUCAGCAUGAUAAUGCAUGGAAUGUCGCAAGGAUCUGGACACUAUUCCUGGAAGCUGAAAAUGUCCCAGUUCUUCCAUGGCCUGCAUACUCACCAGAUUUGUCACCAUUGAGAAUGUCUGAGAUGCUCUGGUGCGAAGUGAACGACAGCGUGUUCCAGUUCCCACCAAUAUCCAGCAACUUCGCACAGCCAUUGAAGAGGAGAGGGACAACAUUCCACAGGCCACAAUCAACAGCCUGAUCAACUUUAUGCAAAGAAGAUGUGUCUGUGUUCCCAGUCAUGUGAAAUCCAUAGAUUAGGGCCUCAUUUAUUUAUUUCAAUUGACUGAUUUCUUUAUAUGAAUUGUAACUCAGUAAAAUUUUGAAUUUUUAUUCAGUAUACAUUAAGAAACAUUCCUGUCGAAGAAAGAGGAACAGAUUAGUUUACGUAGUUAGAAGUACUCGCACUAGUUUAGAAAGCUUACAAAAUUGACAAAGAGCAUUUCUGUGCUUGUAUUCUAGUGUGCACACUGGGAGAGUGAUGCUGCUAGAUUGUGCGCUUCCGGUGACACCCGUCUCCUUCAAAUAUUUCAGUGUAAAGAGAGUGUUUCAAUUUGAAGAGAAACACAAUAGACUGCAUCCUAAUUGGUUGUGUAUGUGUGUGACAUGUCUCUAUCUGCAUUUGAGUGUGAGAGAGAAAUAGGGUUAAUCUGAGCACAGCAAGUAGCACAGGAAGUCUCUGAGCAUCUGUGUGUUAGAAGUGAGCAUGCAUAUGUGCUCAUUUUUAUGUGAGUGUGAAGGAGUGCACAUAUACGGGUAGGCUCUUACAGUGAAGGGAAAAAAGUAUUUGAUCCCCUGCUGAUGUUGUACGUUUGCCCACUGACAAAGACAUGAUCAGUCUAUAAUUUUAUUGGUAGGUUUAUUUGAACAGUGAGAGACAGAAUAACAACAAUAAAAUCCAGAUAAACGCAUGUCAAAAAUGUUAUAAAUUGAUUUGCAUUUUAAUGAGGGAAAUAAGUAUUUGACCCCUCUGCAAAACAUGACUUAGUACUUGGUGGCAAAACCCUUGCUGGCGAUCACAGAGGUCAGACGUUUCUUGUAGUUGGCCACCAGGUUUGCACACAUCUCAGGAGGGAUUUUGUCCCACUUCUCUUUGCAGAUCUUCUCCAAGUCAUUAAGGUUUCGAGGCUGACGUUUGGCAACUCGAACCUUCAGCUACCUCCACAGAUUUUCUAUGGGAUUAAGGUCUGGAGACUGGCUAGGCCACUCCAGGACCUUAAUGUGCUUCUUCUUGAGCCACUCCUUUGUGGCCUUGGCCGUGUGUUUUGGGUCAUUGUCAUGGUGGAAUACCCAUCCACGACCCAUUUUCAAUGCCCUGGCUGAGGGAAGGAGGUUCUCACCCAAGAUUUGACGGUACAUGGCCCUGUCCAUCGUCCCUUUGAUGCGGUGAAGUUGUCCUGUCCCCUUAGCAGUCUUAUGCUACACAAAGAUAAAUAGCAUACAUUUUUCUAAACUAAUCCAAUCACUGAAAUGGUUGUUCCAGUUUAAAUGAUUUAGGUAGGCUCCUUUAUCAAUGUUCCUAACCCUAACAGUCAUUCUUAAUGCAGGUUGCAGGUGAAUAAAAAAUUCACAUAGGCUGGAUUCACAUAGGAAUUACAUAUCACAUUGCAAGCCAACAUAAUGUGACUUGCAGGCCUGAUGUGGCCUGGAAACCAGUAGGUUCAUAACACCACUGUGUUGAGGUAAAACAUGGUCAUCAAAGUAAGGCCUUAUGAUAUACUGUAUGUAAUGUAUUGUAUUGUAAUAAACAGUUUAACAGUAGGAACUCUGUGAAGUCCACAGGACUGAGAAUGAACGAAUUCAACAAUCAUGUCUCUGUCACUAACAAAUACAGUCAAGGGUGGUAACUCUAUAAUUCACUCGAAAAGGCAACGCACACUGUGAAAUUAUAUUGGGGUCGUGGCUUAGUCGCGGCGUGGCUUUGAAUUAUUUAUUUUUGGCCACCCGUGAGUAGAAGUGUUGUAUCAAUUUAAGUGGCCUAUGGUUAUGGUAAUUAAAGUUUGAGCACGUCUGCUGCUAAUUCUGAAGUCUUUGUAAAACCUUACAUAAGAGCAUGUGGCAAUAAAGACAUAUUAUAAUGUCCAACACUGAAUGACCUUGUCAAGAGAUACAGACCUCUUGGUGUAAUGGAUAAAAAUGCUAUAUGAGGAGUUAUUGCAUAACACUGAAAGUGUUAAUUCCCUAACACUGACAAGGUGUAACAGCGUCAGCACUAAGCACAGUGUUCAUUUAACGCGCAAAAGUGUGGACCUGUGUAGACACUGGCCCAGUGUUAAAUGUAACACUGUCAAUGUUGAUUUAACACUGGAGAAAUUGCUGUGUACAUUCACCAUGAAAUUAAAUAGAAUUGUGAACGCAGCGAUCAGGCUGUUUCUUCCAGGCUAGUAAAUAAGUGCUUUCACUGGCUAUCUAAAAAAGGGGUAAUGUGUUUAGCACUGAGCUGUCAAAGACUGUGUGUGUAUUUCGAUAUUAUGGUUCCAUAAUAUCAAAAUACACACACACAGUCUUUGACAGCUUCCAAGAAUUAGAACAGGAAGUGAGAGGUCGGAUUUCACUGCUCUUCUCAGACACUUCAACAGCAUCAUAUGAAAAAGUCAUCCUACAUUGUCAUUUGAAAAUGUCAAAAUCAGAUGCUAUUAUUAUCAUGAUUGUUAUGAUCCCCAAGUAAUCAUUAAUCUAUUGUUUGGUAUUUGUGACAUGAGCAUCAUGUUUUUGUUUUUUAUGACUGUUAGUCUUCCAAUGUCUCUCUCUCUCUCUCUCUCUCUCUCUCUCUCUCUCUCUCUCUCUCUCUCUCUCUCUCUCUCUCUCUGUCUCUGUCUGUGUCUCUCUGUGUCUCUCUCUCUCUCUCUUUCUCUCUCUCUCUCUCUCUCUCUCUCUCUCUCUCUCUCUGUCUCUGUCUGUGUCUCUCUGUGUCUCUCUCUCUCUCUCUCUCUCUCUCUUUCUCUCCCUCUCUCUUUCUUUCUCUAUCCCUCCCGUUAGGCAGGUGCGGAUGCGGUCAAGGCCCUGGAAGAGACUAAGAACUUCACCACCCAGUCUCUGGCCAGUGUGGCCUACCAGAUCAGCACACUGGCCUCCAACGUGCUCAAGCUGCUGGACGCACAGAACUCCCAGCUCAGACACAUGGAGUCCUCUGUCAACCUCAUCGGACAGGUAGAGCAGAACACGGCAGGGGUUACUAGCAUGUCUCCACACUUUUUUGUCACUAGCAUGUCUCCGUACACACUUGUGUGUUAGGCCCCGAUUCAGUUUCAGGAAGAGAACACAAGCAUGUGUAUGUUAGCAGCAGUGGCGGUUGGUGCCGUUUAAGAUGAGGGAGGACGAUAAUAUUUUUUAUGAGCAUUGCCUUGUUUCUAUUACAGCAUAUUGGUUGACUGUCAUUCAUAUUCCAUUCACCCAGCUCAAUAUAACAUCGAUAGGUUUAGGCUACUACAUUUCCCCUAUACCCAUCAUGAGGUUGCUACAACCUAGCCUAUGAAUGAAAGUUUACAACGUAGGUGCACAGGUCGAGAGAAAUUUGAGUAAUCAAGGUGACAGACAUUAACACAUUCAAUACCGCCUUGCACACUCUUGCCUCCAUCUAGCUGAUCUAGGGUGUAAUCAUUAGUCCAACAGAUGCAAACAAGAGUUUCUAUUGGACAAAUUCAGGUAUGUUUAUACCCAUUUUGCUCCGUUUGCUAAAUGUUUGCGAAACGUUUUUCAACAGAAUCGGUGGAAUUAAUGCACCCAUAAUCACACGCAAACACCGUUCACUUUCAUAGCAGCCACAUACAAACAGCAUGAUCAAUUUUCUUUUUGUAUAAUUCCUUCUCGCAUCUACGCAAUCUCCUCACAUAUUCCCUUUGCUUGUGGACUUCAGUGCAAUCCAAACCUUCUUAUUAUAACCGCUAACCGCUACACACAGUCGUUGUGACCAUAUUGUCAUAGUCAACAUAGCUACCAGUGGCGGCUGGUGAAAAAUAUUCUCGGUGGGGCUGUGCCAUACUUUUUUUUUCCUGUAACCAUCGCGAUAUAUUUUAACACAAACUGCAGGAAAGCAGUGCUCAGUGAAACAUUCAGUAAUUAUUUAAUGCCAAUAUUAAAAAGUUGAGGCAUUCUUACACAAAAACAUAUUACACAAACCCAAGCCUUUCAUUUGCAUUUAAAGUGAACUUUUCACCAUUGGUAGUAAACAGGCAACGCAACAGGCAUGCUGUCAGAACAGAGUGGAAAGUGGACAAUAACAUGAAAUUAUUAUAAAGUUUAUAGGAAAUCUUACACUGUAUAAAAGGAUGUAUAAUAUAGAAAUUGAUAUCAAGUGGAUGAACUCAAACCUUUGACUGGAAGAAUAGCAUACAGUAUUUUAUGAUCAUACUAAAUGUGACUAAUUGUUAAUGUGCUCCAGAACUGCAACAAUUAAUUGAUACAAAACAACAUAUAUACAGUAAUAUUAGCAAAGACACUAUUAAGACUUUCUAGAGUACCAUAUAUAACUGGAUUUUUUAUGCUAAGGUCAACUAUAUACAAAGAAACAUGCGGCCAGAGCUGCUCUGUGUGUGUGUGUCUGUCAUCUUAUUUGUACAGGAAUUUUAUAUAUAUAUAUAGACAGACAGACAGACAGACAGACAGACAGACAGAUAGUGUGUAUAUACACACAUAUCAUUUUGUUCUGCUGUGCACUUAGCAAUAAAGUUAAUCUUCAAUAACAACUAGGCCUCUUCUAGAAAUUGACCUGGUGGACACCUGAAUAAUUAUUACAAACUGUGUAGUACUUUCCUGCAUUAUUAUCAACGUCUGAUUGUGUCUUCUCUUUCCUUUUAAAAUACUAAAACAAAUAUAAUUGUGACGGCUCUAUGAUAAUCACUCACUUUGAUGACCAGACACAUUUAGGCUUUUAAACUGUUGUAAGUGAACUAUUCAUCUUUCUAACAACAUCUUUAUCAGCCAAUAGUAAAUAUAGUUAUUUACCUGAUUGUUAGCAUGCUGUCUGUGAACCUCUGGACAAGUGCUUUAAUGAAGACAGGGUCGAUGUUCCUCUUCUGCAGCUGGCUGAAAAGCAUGUCCACAUUUGGCAUGAUCUUGUGGAACAGUGCCAGGAAAAAACAGAAAGCCUCGUCUUCGAGCAUCCUCACAAAGCCCCCCGCCUCUCUGACAGUCGGGGCAUCAAAGUUCCCAGAGUCUCUGAUGGUCUGGAAACACGUUAGUGGGUGGAAACGUCAGUCGUCUCGUCAGCUUGAAUGGCGAUAAAAUCAGCACUCUUUACUUCCUCCAGGAUGUAAUCCUUAAGCACUGACAGCAUACAUUCCAACAGCUCGUUCUGUAUCGUCUUUGACGUGCCCUUAAAAACGGUAGCUGUCUUCAGGUGCUCCUCCAGCACACUGUCGAGGGAGGCAACAAAAUCCACUAAGCCCCGGAAAAUGCCGGGGUUGUCCGAGGAGUCAGUCUCCUCGUGCCCACGCAAGGCCAACUCAAAAGCCCCACAGAACUUCACACAAUCGAUAAUUUUGGAUAGAAUGUGCCUGUUUUUAUCCACCUCCUCAUUGUGUUUCCUCACCGCAAUCCUGUGGCCGUCAUCCAGCUGCGUAGCAAUGUUCACCCUUCCUAAUACAGCUAGCUUUACAGAGUUGUCCAUGUGUGCCCUGGUGUUCUCAUGUUUCUUUACCUUCUCUGACAGGUGCUUCAUAUCCCUCACUCCGGUACCUGUCCAUGCUGAAUCUGACCCCGUCCGGCCCGUCGUUUUAAAAAGCAAGCACGGAAAGCAAAAUAAAGCAUCAGUGCACCCAGCUAGCCAAGCCUUCCUGGUGUACCAGCUACGGGAGAAGCCGCGCAUAUACUGCUUCCCUUUCUCGCUAGCCUGCUGUCUGAUUGAGAGGUCAGGUUGAUCUGGGCCCAGCUCUUUCACCCGAACUUUCUCUGACAAAGUUCUCCUCUCAAACGGAUCUUGGAGGAGAGAUUUCACCGAGUUAGGGUUGGGUCUUGGAGGAGUAACGUUUGCGCUCACCAUUGUCGUCUAGUAAAAAUGGCGCCACUGGAGCCCGGUCCUUAUUUUAUCAGGGGCGAGCUUGGGGCGAUAAAAUAAUCGCCCUCCUUGGAUUCGAAUUAAAAUCGCUGAUUAGCUACAUUUUAUGUCAUACAUUCAUAUCUUAAAUUAGCAAUUGGCUUAACUGCUACGUAGACCCGCCUCCUCGGGGCACUUUCUGUAUCGCCCAGAGCUGACGAGGCGUUUGACAGGCAGAGGAAAGGUUGCGAAUAUGAUUUUCUAUCAUAUCUUACACAUAUUACUGUGUGCAUUCCAUAUUUCAAACACACAAAUAUUGACAUACUGAUGUUUUUAUUAUUAUUAUUAUUAUUUUUAUUUAUUUUUUAUUUUAUUUUUUUAAAUAAUUUUAUUUAAGGGGGCGGCGCCCUAGCGCCCUCUAUCGGCCAGCCGCCACUGAUAGCUACUAGAACUAACGUGUUAGUAAACCCGCUACAAUCAUGCAGUACAGUGUACAGUCAGCAGCAAGCAGUUUAGUUACACUGGCGAGCCCCGGUGGCAAUAAAUUCAUAAAACCAAAAGCUUACCUUGACUUGGAAGAGUUUUAGUGUUGGAUAGCCAUAGCCAGCUAGCUAACAUAGCAUCCCGCUCUGUUUGAGCCGGUUGUUUGAGUAGGCUAAACUAGCUAGCUGCAUUCGCUAGCUAAGUAAGUGAAAGUGAAAGUGAAAAAAAAAAUACAAUUAAAUAUAGCUAGCUCUCUCUCUCUCUCUCUCUCUUGCUUCUCAUUCAUUUUUGAAUAAAUGAAUUUGUUCAAAACUGUUCAGCUAUUGUCCUUCUCUCUCAUUGAGUCACCUAUUCAGCAUAUUUCAUGCACUACAGUGUUAGCUAGCUGUGUCUUAUGCUUUCAGUACUAGAUUCAUUCUCUGAUCCUUUGAUUGGGUGGACAACAUGUCAGUUCAUGCUGCAAGAGCUCUAAUAGGUUGGAGGAUGUCCUCCGGAAGUUGUCAUAAUUGCUGUGUAAGUCUAUGGAAGUGGGUGAGAACCACAAGCCUCCUAGGUUUUGGACUAGCUGUCCUCUGGCUACACCAUGGUGCUGCCCUACAGAAUGCUGUUGAGGCUACUGUAGACCUUCAUUGGAAAACAGUGUGUUUUAUUAAAUGAUUUGGUGACGUGAAUAUAUUUAGCAUAGUUUUAUCUAAAAAGGAUAACUUUUUUAGUGUUUCACUAUAAAAAUGAAAUUCACUGAGGAGGAUGGUCCUCCCCUUCCUCCUCUGAGGAGCCUCCACUGGUUAGCAGAAAUGUACAGUUAACCUUGCUAAAAAGAGGUUUGCUUGCUUGAACCCGGACUUUAGAAUGAGGAGGCCCAUCAGAGGCAGUGACUGGAAAAAAGGAAAUUUGAUUUCAUGAGUCUUACCCUCUGUCCGAGGUUGAUGCGUUGUUGCACCUAGAUCAGCACGGUUCUCUGAGUGUCACUGGUACCCACUGUGCCAAUUUCCCUUAUUCCUUGUCCCCUCCCUCUCUUCCUCCUUUUCCUCUACCCCUCCUUUCCCUCUAUCCCCUACGCCUCCCUCCUUCCCACCAUCUCUUCCUCCCUCAUCUCCUUACCCCUGGUGUUCAGCAUAUGAAGGGUCUACCUCUCCGCUGACCUGGGCUGGUUUCCAGGGACUCUUUGGGGACCCUGGCCUUCUUCCAUGCAGAAUAGUUGAUUUCUCCAUCCCCAGUACACCGCGUGCCUCCCCUCUCUCCCUCUCUUACACCAGCCCAACUGUCCCCCACUGCCCCCCCCCCCCCCCCUCCCCUCCCCCUCUCUGUAGCCCCACUGUUCCCAAAGCUGGCACAGAUCCCAGGCAUUCCUGCAUGCUCCGUGCACAGCAUUAUCAUACAGAACCAGGUCACCUGAGGAGGGGGUUGGGGUGGAGAGGUGAAUGGGUUGAGAGGCUACAGGGUGAACUUUGACCUUCAACACAGAGCAUCAUAGGGGCUGGGAUGGAAUGAAAGACCCCAAUGUUCUCUGUUCUGAGCGUUCCUUCCUGCUAACCUCUGAAUGAUGUCUUCCAUUGUCUGCUGGCACCCAUGAAGAGUCCCUAACAACUGUAUACUAAAUGAUAGGGCUCACUAUUUGGGGGAGGAAAGAGGGUUUGAGAAUAUUACCACUUUCGUGAAUGAGCUAUAUUGAGCUAAUGAUGUUGUUAGAGAAAGGGUACCAUGCUAUUCCAUCCUAUAUGGUUUCUUUAGUAUUUUGGAAAAGGUUACAUUUUACCAGAGGGAAGGAAUUAAGAAUGGCACGUUUAUCUGUAGGUUUGUUAUCAAUUUAAGUGUUAUUGAUUCAUACCCUGAUGACAACAUCCUCUGCCUCCUGUCUUGCAGACAGUGGACAUGCACAGAGAGAAGGUGGCCCGGAGAAAGAUAGGGGCUUUUACCACAGCCAAGAGGGUUCCCCGCAGUCACAAAAUUAUCCCCCCGGCAACAGGCAAGGAGCCCAAACCCAAGUACACCCGUAGUCCCAUCACCUACUCUGACCUGGACACACUGGGACAUGGCAUGAAGGUGAGACUGUGUUCUCAAGUUCAAGUGCAAUUACUCACAACACAUGUUUUACCUAACAUUCCCAUGAUAUUCAAAUGGUCAAAGGUUCAAAUAAAUAAUUUUCCUGGAAGUGUCUUACUAUACAUCUACAAACUGUACACUACUGUAUGUUGCAAUCAAUAUUCAAUAGUAAUGUUGGAAAUUACUUAUGUGGAAAUGUAAUUACAUAAUGCAAAGUUGGUGAAAACUACUUUUUAAAACCUGGGCUGUGUUACCAGGGUACUAUGGUUGGAAACAAAGGCUCCGUAGGUUUCCUUAUCUCUCUAGACAAGCCUUUCAGAUGCAGCUGGGCAGCAGCCGUUAUUUUUUACCACUGUGCUUCUAGUCUACACCACAUCCAGUUAGAGAGGAGCAGCUUGUUGCGUAGGGCUGACCUCGAUUAGCACACACACACACACAAGCAUGCACGGAUGCAACGCACUCAUGCACACACACACACACACACACACACACAGAGCAAGCAGCCAGCCAGCCACUGUGCACCGUGGGAAAAUGGCUAGACACACUAAUUAGUGCUGCCAAGGCUAAGCCGCUUCAUUGAUGCUCCAACACAAUUCCCUCAUCUACAGCGGACACACACACACACACACACAUAAACUACCUCUCCUUUUUCACUCUGCUCUCCCUUUGUCUUUCUUUCUCUCUCUCUCUCUCUCGCUCUCUCUCUCUCUCUCUCUCUCUCUCUCUCUCUCUCUCUGUCUGUCUGUCUGUCUGUCUCUGUCUGUCUGUCUGUCUGUCUGUCUGUCUGUCUGUCUGUCUGUCUGUCUGUCUGUCUGUCUGUCUCUCUCUCUCUCAACACUUCCCCACAGGAUUCUGGUAAGAUGCUUGGGAAAGCAGGGUCAUCAAUGCGCAAACAUGGCGGCACCAUCAGGUAUGAUUCUGACACUGCUGACUCCAUUUGACUGCUCUGCUCUCACACUGUCAGUCUAACUGUAACUGUUUCACUUCCUGUAAAAGUAUUUCAGACAGGAAGCCUAGUUUCCGCACAUCCUCUAUGCUCAGUGGCCCACAAAAAAACCUUUAUUUAACUUUUAUUCAAGACCAGACACAUCAGCAAAGGAAAUCCUUAAAAUAAUGUGCGUGUGUGUGUGUGCGUGUGUGUGUGCUGUGGGUAGGGGAAUGAGGGUAAACAGUAUUCAUGACUAACCACACCUCCUGUCCAAUCAUGUUUGUUGUGUUCCUUCAGUAGGGGAUUGAAUGCCAUUCAGCCAGAGGGAGAUUUACUGUGGGCAGGAGAAAGAGCACAGAGCUUUCACAAUGAGAUUAUGCCAAAAACAAACCAGGAAGUAUAGAAGUCAAAUGUGCGGGUAUCAUUUGCACUGAGUAGCAUAUUUAAACUGUUAGGUGAGAGAAGAGAACAAAAUCUCUCAGUCAAGCUUUCUGCAUGUUUCUCACUAUGAGUUGAUAGAGCUGGUCUGUGUGAGUUCAAGUGUCAGCAUUUGUGAUAAUGCAUCUGUGGUCCUCUGUAAGCUCAAUUGGUAGAGCAUGGCGCUUGUAACGCCGGGGUAGUGGGUUCGAUCCCCGGGACGACCCAUAUGUAAAAAUGUAUGCACACAUGACUGUAAGUCGCUUUGGAUAAAAGCGUCUGCUAAAUGGCAUAUUAAAUAUUAUUAAAUGUAUGUGACGCUUACAGCUGUGUGUGUGUUUUCAGCAGGAGCACUUCCAGAGCACCCCCAGAGCCUGUCCAGUGUCCCAUAGCCCCCUCUCUGUCUCGAGGGGCAUCCCUCACCUCUCUCCAUGAUCGCUCCAUUGGGUAAAAAACACUUUCUGGAAACACAGUUUAUACUGUACACACAUAAGCUUUGACACUUACUACUAAACACUCCAUUCCAUACGAUUACUCAGACACCUCAGUUAAGUGUGGUGUUUCUGGAUUUAUAUAUUUUGUGUGUAGAGAAGCCUGUAGAAUAUCUCCACCCAGACAUGGAAAUAUACCUCUAGUUUACAUUGCCCUCCCCCUCCUGUAUCAGGUCCAGCUUCGGCAAGGCCGUGCCUCCCCCCGUGGUCCCCAGCUGGCCCGCGUCACCUGACUCUGACAUCAUCACCACCCUGCUGGAGGAGGCCCCGCCCCCACCACCGCCCCUGUCUCUGAUGGAGGAUGGUGACGCCGCCAUGACAGCUCCGGCCCCUCCUCCUCCUCCCAUGGCGCCUGCUGCCUCCUUGCUGGACGUCCCUCCUCCCCCUCCACUGCCGCCCACCACCACAACCAGCACCCCUGAACCUGCCCAUACCAGCCUAGCCAGCAUCCCCUCUCCCCCUGUCCCACCCCCACUGGAGACUGGUAAGUAUCAUGAAUUUCAUAGAUAUGAAUAAACCAUUUGUAACUAGUGUACAUACUAUUAGUAGUUGACUGUAAACAUACUGUAUGCGGAACUAUAGUACAUUAACAUAUCACACUCAAUAUAACUUUUUCAAACAGAAAUUUGCAUCCUGUAGCACUAACUCCAAAAAGUUUUGGGACACUGUAAAAUCCAUGGAGAAUAAGAGCACUUCCUCCCAGCUGCCCACUGCACUGAGGCUAGAAUUUCAACAAGCAUUUUGCUACGGCUGGCCAUGCUUUCCACCUGGCUACCACUACCCCGGCCACCAACUCUGCACCCUCCGCUGCAACUUGCCCAUGCCCCCCCCCCCGCUUCUCCUUCACACAAAUUCAGACAGCUGAUGUUCUGAAAGAGCUGCAAAAUCUGGACCCCUACAAAUCAGCUGGGCUAGACAAUCUGGACCCUUUCUUUCUAAAACUAGCCGCCGAAAUUGUCGCAACCCCUAUUACUAGUCUGUUCAACCUCUCUUUCGUAACGUCUGAGAUCCCCAGAGAUUGGAAAGCUGCCGCGGUCAUCCCCCUCUUCAAAGGGGGUGACACUCUAGAUCCAAACUGUUACAUACCUAUAUCCAUCCUGCCCUGCCUUUCGAAAGUAUUUGAAAACCAAGUUAACAAACAGAUCACCGACCAUUUCGAAUCCCACCGUACCUUCUCCGCUAUGCAAUCCGGUUUCCGAGCUGGUCAUGGGUGCACUUCAGCCACGCUCAAGGUCCUAAACGAUAUUAUAACCGCGAUCGAUAAUAGACAGUACUGUGCAGCCGUCUUCAUCGACCUGGCCAAGGCUUUCGACUCUGUCAACCACCGCAUUCUUAUUGGCAGACUAAAUAGCCUUGGUUUCUCAAAUGACUGCCUCGCCUGGUUCACUAACUACUUCUCAGAUAGAGUUCAGUGUGUCAAAUCGGAGGGCCUGUUGUCUGAACCUAUGGCAGUCUCUAUGGGGGUGCCACAGGGUUAAAUUCUUGGGCCGACUCUUUUCUCCGUGUAUAUCAAUGAUGUCGCUCUUGCUGCUGGUGACUCUCAGAUCCACCUCUAUGCAGACGACACCAUUUUGUAUACAUCUGGCCCUUCAUUGGACACUGUGUUAACAAACCUCCAAACGAGCUUCAAUGCCAUACAACACUCCUUCAGUAGCCUCCAACUGCUCUUAAACACUAGUAAAACUAAAUGCAUGCUCUUCAAUCGAACGCUGCUGGCACCCGCCCACCCGACUAGAAUCACCACUCUCGACGGGUCUGACCUAGAGUAUGUGGACAACUACAAAUACCUAGGUGUCUGGUUAGACUGUAAACUCUCCUUCCAGACUCACAUUAAGAAUCUCCAAUCCAAAGUUAAAUCUAGAAUUGGCUUCCUAUUUCGCAACAAAUCCUCCUUCACUCAUGCUGCCAAACAUGCCCUCGUAAAACUGACUAUCCUACCGAUCCUUGACUUCGGCGAUGUCAUUUACAAAAUAGCCUCCAACACUCUACUCAGCAAAUUGGAUGUAGUCUAUCACAGUGCCAUCCGUUUUGUCUCCAAAGCCCCAUACACUACCCACCACUGUGACCUGUACGCUCUUGUUGGCUGGUCCUCACUACAUGUUCGUCGUCAAACCCACUGGCUCCAGGCCAUCUAUAAAUCACUGCUAGGCAAAUCCCCGCCUUAUCUUACCUCAUUGGUCACCAUAGCAGCACCCACCCGUAGUCUGCGCUCCAGCAGGUAUAUCUCACUGGUCAUUCCCAAAGCCAACACCUCCUUUGGCCGCCAUUCCUUCCAGUUCUCUGCUGCCAAUGACUGGAACGAAUUGCAAAAAUCUCUGAAGCUGGAGACUCUUAUCUCCCUCACUAACUUUAAGCAUCAGUUGUCAGAGCACCUUACCGAUCACUGCACCUGUACACAGCCCAUCUGAAAUUAGCCCACCUAACUACCUCAUCCCUAUAUUGUUAUUUAUUUUGCUCUUUUGCACCCCAGUAUCUCUUUUGCACAUAAUCUCUUGCACAUCUAGCAUUCCAGUGUUAAUACUAAUUGUAAUUAUUUUGCACUAUAGCCUAUUUAUUGCCUUACCUCCAUAACUUGCUACAUUUGCACACACUGUAUAUAUAUUUUCUGUUGUAUUUUUGACUUUAUGUUUUUUUACCCCAUAUGUAACUCUGUGUUGUUGUUUUUAUCGCACUGCUAUGCUUUAUCUUGGCCAGGUCGCAGUUGUAAAUGAGAACUUGUUCUCAACUGGCUUACCUGGUUAAAUAAAGGUGAAAGAUAAAAAUAAAUAUCAAACAUCUAGGCGGAAAAUAUUGCUUGUUUUUGUGUUUCCCACACUGUGAGACAGCUUUAGCACACUGCACAGCACAGUAUAGUAGAGGAAAUGAGAACACGUUGUGUGCAAACAGACACCCAGAGACACGCACAUGCUGAAACAUCUAGAGGCAGAAAACCAGGAACAACCAACCUUGUGCCUGCUGUGAUACUAAGAAAUAAAUACUUUUUUCGGGCCUAGUUGCAUGAUUGUGUUACUGAUUUCACACGGUAUGAAACGCUGAAUAUCGACUGAUGAAGCCGAUAUUCUCCUCAUGAAUAUUCUAUUUUCUUAGUGGCUGAAGAGAACGGCUUCCCGCCCCCUAUGCCACCACCAUCUGACGAGCCUCUCCCUCCACCAACCAGUGAGGGCCUGGAGCUCCCUGGCCCGCCCCCUCCACCGAGUGAUGAGGUGGAUGAAGGUAAAAGGAGCGGGUUGGUUGGGUGCAACACCCAGCCCUAAAUGUGUCACACUGUACUUUUAAUGGUCUUUCAACAAGUGGUUUUGAAAGGACUCACAUCCAAUUCUAAUGCCGCAAAGGAUCUGAUUUGUUGAAAUGUUGGUAUCUAUUUGUUUAGUUUAGCUGUCUGUCUGGGGUUUGUUUGUCUGUCUGUCUGUCUAUGCAGAGCACGCUCGUUGAUGCUGAUCUUUGGUGUUUUCCUGUCCUUAUCUCUGUUAUUAGACUCUAUUCAGUGUCUUCCUCUCUCUUUCUCUCUUUGUGUCUGUCUGCUUCAUCUUGACCUUUUGACCUGUGACCUGUCUCUCUCCGGCUCAGCUCUGCAGCCCAGGCGGUCUCGUGUACGUCGUCACCCCCCCAGCUCGCGCUCCAUGUCCCUCAGGGUCCGCACGGGCCCUAGCUCUCGCUCGCUCUACACUCGCUCGCUCUUCCUUCCAACCAUCCAAUCACGUAAGGCCACAUUGGCAACCCACCCAUCCCAGGUCCUGCCCUCAGCUGUAGUCCAAUAUGGCCUCAUGACUUAGCAUUAAUAUACCAAUCAUUAGCUCAUGAUGAGCUGAACAUGGCUAAUGCGAAACUGCUUUGAUAUUACACCACCAUUGUUUAGGUUUUUGAUGCAUGAUGAAAGUUCAAGCCUUGCUUAAGCUAUAGUGUUAGCUUUCAUAUUAGUGCUAGCAUUAGCAUUUGGAGUCCCCUCUAAAGACCCCUUUUGGUUGAUCUGAUGUAAUCUUUCCCCGUCACCCAUUCCUACCUCUCCCUCUGUGACCUCACCUGUCAGUCAUGAUCCCCCCUCCCCCUUCAUACCCUCCUCCUCUCGCCCCUACCGUGUCGCUGAGCCCCUUGUCCAGCCUGCCCGCCCACCUGGAGCACCUGGGUAAGUGGAGACUGUGUGAGACCGCAAUACACCCUCCAGGCCACAGGGGGGGGUGGUGAGAGGGUGACUUCUGUCCAAAUGACUGCAUCACUGCUGCUGCUGCUGCUGCUAUUGCUGUUGAGUCUACUGUGUUGGAAGGAAAAGCCAUGGACAGAUUCUGUCCUCUAAAAGUCCGUCAGACACUGGGUUGGUAACGUCUUUGUUUUGUCCUUGAUAGAUAUGAUGGCUUAUGUUUUUCAAUAUAACAGAUAACACAUUAUGUGGAGAAAAUAGUUUCAAAGAAGUACUGUAAAUUCAUUUAAAGAGACCUCAGAACAAGUUAUGCACUACAGUUUUCAUACACUUUGGAACAUAUGCUGAAUUACUUGUAUGGCAAGUGGUGCAGCCUAUCAGUUUGGGUUUAUAUGCCUUUUGUCCAAUCCUGUAGAUCUGGUGAUCCCAGCCCCGCCUCCUCCGCCUUUUACCGACAGCGUGGGGGGCUUUGAUGACGUCAUGCCACCCCUACCUCCCCCUGUGGGUUAUCACACGACUGGCCCUACAGACUUUUUAGAGAAAGGUAUGAUAGUGCUCCAUGCAUAUUCACCAAUAGAUAAAUUACUAAAUGCUGUCAUGGCCCAAAUUGCAUGCAUACUUCUACAGUACUUAUUCAAAGUCUGACCGAAUCAUACCAUAAAAUAUGGCCUAUGUUUAUGUGGUGUCUUGGUUGUUUCAUUGCAAUUCACGUUCCCUCCCAGUGGUGGCGCUGUACAGCUACAACUCAGGGAAGCCUGGGGACCUGGUAUUCCAAGAGGGAGAAGUCAUCUACCUGACCAAGAGGAAUGAAGAUGGCUGGUGUGAGGGACUGCUCAACGGA